AUGUUUCAAUCCAUCAAGUCCUAUAUUGUUGCCUUAUGGCCUGGCCCAGUCUCCCCGGAGCUAAAGAAAUCGGUUGAAUCGGCCAUCGAAUCAAACAAGAUCUUAGUGUAUUCAAAAACCUACUGCCCUUAUUGUACCGCCACCAAGGAUUUACUAGGAAAGUAUGGAGUCGAUUACAAAUUGAUUGAAUUGAAUACAACUUCAGAUGGCGGUGAGGUUCAGCGUGCACUACAAGAAAUCAGCGGUCAAAGAACUGUACCAAAUGUUUUCAUCAAUGGUGAGCAUAUCGGAGGUAACUCUGAUUUGCAAGCCUUAGAGAGUAAAGGAGAGUUGAGGAACUUGCUUGCAACAUUGUGA